CCGUGUCGAGAAUCUGGAAAAUCAUGUGCUGUCACUGGAUCGCGGUGGCAGCGUUGGGAAUUCAUUGAACUAUCAAACCUCGAAGUACUGUAGUCAGGACUCGACGCAAUUGUAGAUGAUUACGAGCGUGCGCAUCUCGUGGAGCGAAUUCCUCGACACUAGAGUUGCAUGUGAUCUCCCGCUUCCCACCACCUGGUGAAGUUACUUUCGUUGGGUACAGGAGAGGGCAUCUAUUGAUUCUAUUGUGAGGGUGUGGAGGGUGCUGAAGGGGAUAAUCGAUCGAUUUUUUUAGCUUGAGAGGGGUUUAUCUUGUAGGGUUCUGAAGAGAUUUUUUUGGGGUUUCGUUGUUGGAGGAAGGGGUGGGGUUCUGGAGGUAGUUUGUGCUCUUGCGCUGCAUCGCGAUGCGAGUGUUACUAUUGCCUAAGUGAGAUCACAAGGAGGUUUUCAGUAGUAUGAGUACUCAAGCCAAGUUUUCGCCCAGUUGUGGAAUUCUUUGACGGCAUGGUAGAUGUGAUUCAGAGAACUGCGUUAUUCCUCCAAGACGUCAGGGAAAUCCUUCGCAAAAGAGAUGGCAACCGAGCAAAAUGUCCACGAUGCAAAGGAUCAGGCCUGCUCGCUCUCCAGCCUUGCUGGUCCCAUGGCCAACCUAAUUCGUCUAAUUCGUCCUGCUUGUUUUGCGAAGGAGUUGGAGUAAUGCCAGUCGUAGGACUGAGAGGGUACAUACUUGGACGAACAGAUGCCAUGGUAAACACAAAGAAGAUUAAACGCCGCUCUAUCACGAUAGAUACCACGAACUCCGAAGUGUUCCCUGGAAGCAACUCUUCCACGUUUACUUCUCGCAAACUCUUCAAGAGCUCACCUGCGCCUCUCUACGACCCUCUUUCGAAGCCAGACUGGCUGCGAGAGGCUGAAAGGGAGGCACUUUUGUUUAAUUCCACCCGGAUGGAGGUCGUCGAGAGGUCCGACCACAGAGACUGCGAUGACUGUUCGGGUGAUGGGUUGAUAGGCCUUGGCCACACUGGAUGGCAGUACAAGCACAGAUUCUACGCCAGAACAAGCGCCCCGUUCAGCAAUCCCAAGUGUAGCUUGAUAGGAAUAGAGCACCAUAGUAACAUUCCUUCUGAUUUUAGUAAUAGCGACGGGCAAGCUGCAGAUGGAUUGCUGGACAUAAAAGGCUCUGAAUUAGGACAAUCAGUUGGUUUGAGCUCACUUAGUAGGUCAGGGGCAGGGAUGUAUGGCCUGGAAGCUGUAGCUUUGACGGAUCGGAGGACACAAAGACGUAAAUAUUCUCGGAGACCUAGGAACAGAAUUCGGGAGGAGGCAGCAAAAGAGACAGAAGAUAGAGCUCGACGAGUACAGCAACUCAAUGUAACUCACGCACGUGAAGACGCGCAUGUGCAGGUGACCAACUCAUGGAAUCCGAUUCUGAGGAUGUGCAGAUUUGCACUGCUUCCGAGAACAUGUGCAGCAGAGAAGCGUUGAGGAAUUGGAUCAUCCAAGAGACAAUCAGCAUCGUUUGUAACAAUUUGCUCCCCUUUCUAUGUACCGUAUUAAAUAGGAUUGACUCCAGUGCGACGGAUUGAGCACUGGCAUGCUACCAUAUUUGUAGGGGCAGUGAAGUGAUUCGAUCAUGUAGAUUACUCACACUCGGUGAAAGACCUGGGUUUUUGACGGAAGUAGCGGACUCAAACACGAAUACUUUGACCGUAAUGGUGCUUAGGAUACAUGAGAUCAGAUUGUGCUGCCGCAUAGUUAUGUAUUGAAGAGCAUGUACUAUUCGUAGGGCUAGUAACAGGCUUUCGUCAGUGUAUCUUCCUUCUCAAUUGGAUGAUUUGUAGUACGCUGUAUUUAUAGUAGCAAGGUUACCAAGCACAUCAGCGCCAAAUUCUAGCACCCUCAUACGUACAUUAGAGUACCGAAGAUGAUUCGUGCAAGGUUGAUUGCAUCUGAGAACACUUUCCUGAAGAAUUGUAAUUGCAAAGAUCCAUACAUUUAUUAGAUCCUUUUUUAUGUGUG